UUUGGUUCUUUAGGCCGCCUGCGUUUCUGCCGCCCAGAUGGAGCAGCCCUGCUCCUGUCUCUCUCUGUCUCGAGAGAGAUAGGACGGUCGGCCCUGACCCUCGCCUUUGAGAUGUGACGUGACCAGCGGUCUUGACAGUAUGAUGUGUCCAGACUUGAUGGCAGUGAUCAGAAACUAGAUUGCCAGCUCUGGAUGAAGCUGCUGAGAACCAGCCCGAGACCUCUGCUUGAGGGUCCUUGCUCUGAAGACGUUACCAGUGUGUGGAGCCUGCCCCACACCACCCCCUGCCAAACCACGGCCUUUACCUGUGUCUUCCGGUGUUUCCCGUGCGACCCGUCCUGUGGGAGGGCCUCGUGGGCGGCCCCAGAGUUCUCUCCACGAUCAGCGGCGCCAAUGGUGAAGAUGACAAGAUCCAAGACUUUCCAGGCAUAUCUGCCCUCCUGCCACCGGACCUACAGCUGCAUUCACUGCAGGGCUCACCUGGCCAAUCACGAUGAACUAAUUUCCAAGUCGUUCCAAGGAAGUCAAGGACGAGCAUAUCUCUUCAAUUCAGUAGUUAAUGUGGGCUGUGGACCUGCAGAAGAGCGAGUAUUGCUAACAGGACUACAUGCAGUUGCAGACAUUUACUGCGAAAACUGCAAAACCACUCUGGGGUGGAAAUAUGAACAUGCUUUUGAAAGCAGCCAGAAAUAUAAAGAAGGCAAGUACAUCAUUGAACUAGCACACAUGAUCAAGGACAAUGGCUGGGACUGAGCGGACAGCAGCCACCCAACCCAGUGUCCACGUGAACGCCAUCCACCCGAACACCCUACCCCGUGUGAGAGAGUGACUGAACACUUGGUUCCAUCCAUUUGGGGGCCUUGCCAUCUGGGGCGUCCUCCCACCCCAACACCAUCUUUCUGGUGACCGGCCUCUAAAUCGCUGUCUCUCUGUCUCUUUGCUUUGUAUCUGUUUGUGAGUUGAUCCUGGCUUCUCUCUCUGUUCUAGUUUUUGCUGAAAACAAAACAACUGAAGGAACAGAUCCUUGACCGCACGGCAGCAGCCCACCUUGCUAAGGGUCCCAGGGCCCUGCGAGAGCUGCCCGGCGGCCUCUUGUCAGGAGAGCAGUGGCACGUGGGUGUAAGGAAGAGGGAAAAGGGGAGCCCUGAGGUCCUGGGGGUGGGCAGGGGGCGGAGGGUGGAGGUAGGGCAGAACUGCACCGCUCCUGGAAACCUGGUAACAGGCUUGAAGUAUUCGACUUGUCUAAAUGGACAAAGAGAAAAAAUAAUACCUCAUGAUUGCAUUCUCUCUGAUCGGAAGCCUCUCUUCCUGACACCAAAAGUGCCAGGAUAGCAGAUGAGCACAGAGGGGCCCUAAUUCUAGCUGACAGGGCAAAGGGCCUGGUUCUCUCCGGCUGAGCUGGGGAGAGUCCGGGUAGCAGGGAGUGAGGUGGGUGCAGCCCAGAUGGGUUUUGAUGACUCUGAUGCUUCACACAGCCUCUGGGUAAUCAUCGCCUUUGCAUCCUCGGCCCCUGAAGGCAAGUGCGGAGGGGACUGUCGUUUGCAAUGGGUGUGAGAUGGAACUAUCCCGAAGGCUUUGACAGUCAACCACGGAAAAUGAGAAACUGAGGAGAGCAGGGCGUAAGGGGGUGUUGCAGCUUGGGAGCUCCUGAAGAAUGGCUCACAUGUUGAGCCAGAGAAACAAAACAUGGAGCCAGUUAGUAAUUCUGACUGCUUUUCUUUUCCUGACCCUCAAUAAGAGUGCUACGGCGGGGGAGGGGUUGGGAGGGACCAUGGGAGGAGUGAUCAGAUGAGUGCAUAUUUCCUCUUUGUUUAUCAGUGGGAUCAGCAAUCCUUUGUGUGCAGUGUUUCAGCUGUCUAGUCCAGUUCCAUCAUUGUCGACCAUGGGAAACACAGACCUAAGGCUUUGAGCCUGGUGAUCACCUGGUUGGUGGAUUCCUCCUGCCCCUCGUUGUUCUUUUUGGAUCUGACUGUCUUGUGUGGCAGAGAUCUAUUAAUGUGGUCCAGCAGUGGGGAGGGCUUACAGAUUCCUAUAUUAUCCUCUGCCCCUACCCUCCCAUCCAAGCUUCAUUGUGUUAGGGAAGUGGAGAACAAAUCCUGUAAGACUUGAGAGAAGGAAGAGUUUGUUACAUUUGAUCCACACUGUGAAGUCCUUUCAGUGGCAGUCCAGCCAGUGUACGGUGCAUGACCGCAACUCGUUUCACUGAGUUAAUUUCAUUUCAUAGACCGAGAACAUUAUUAAGAUACGUGUGUAUUAGGUAAUUCUUAGCAUCUCAUUCUGCAAGUAGGCUGAUCCUAUAGGAAAAUGCAGCUUUAAAGGUCUCAAAAAAAAAAAAAAAAAAAAGACAAAGUCCA